AUGACGGAUAUUGCGUCGCCGGUGGUCGAUGAGAAACCAUGUUUCGGGGCGAAUCCGGAGAUUUUUAAGUUGGGAUUAGGGAGACAGGUUAGUUCAAAAAAGUAAUAACAAAAAUAGUUAAAUAUAAAAGAAGUCAGUAGAAAAGUUUCAAAAUCAUGAAUGUUAGCUGAGAAAAUCUUGUGAUUUUGAAUUUCAAAUUACUCCGAAGCCACGCGGAUUACUGUGUAAACACUUUUGCCUACAGUAAGAUCUUUUAUAUUCAUUCAAUCUUUUUGAAAUAACCCUUCAGAAUUCAGAAUUUCUCUUCUUGGAAUUCUUGAAAAUUUUUCCAAAAUAUUAAAUUAGAGCCAAGGAUUCAAAUGGGUGCCCUCCUUCAAAAUUCCUUCCAAGUUUUUCUUUUCAAUUUCCAAAAAAAGUUCCUAAUUUUUUUUCAAAAAUAGAAAUGUUUAAAAAUAAAGUUCCACCCCUCCCUAAUUUCUCAAUUCCCAAAACAAAACACAAAAAUAUUUUAGCACACCCUUUGCCAUGAAAUCGGUCAAGGUUCUCGAUGUCGAAACGAGUCGGAUUGUCGUUGCGAAGGUCUCGAUCUCCAUUUCUGGCGAAAAAUGUGCAAAAAUUGCGGAUGCCGAAUGGACGAACACGAUGUCGUUUUGCCAAAUGAAUUUGAUCACGCUCAAAUUGUUAUUGGCAGAUUGUUAGUAGCUCGAGAUCAUUUCGAAAAAGUUAUGCCGAAACCAGGAAUGCUAAGAAGAUCAGAAGAUGAAGAUAUUGAAAGAAGAUCAAGAGAAAAACCAACUGCGGUUUAUAAUUUUAAAAUGAAUGGAGGAGUAAAAGGAAAUGAUAAGGUGAGACUGAUUGUGAAAAAUUUUUCAAAAAUCUGAAUUUUUUUGCAGGAAAAUGUGCAAUAUGCUUGGGCUCCAUUACCCGACAAAGAUCUAGUUUCAAGAUAUAUGAAAUGUUUGCCAGAAGAAGAACGACCUGUUAUGGGUUCAAUUGGUGAACAAAAUCGAAAAUCUCGCUUACAAUAUCAACUUCCACUUUAUGAUUGUAAUGUUGAAGAUGCUCGAUUUGUUGAGCAAAAAGAUGUGAAAACACUGCAAUCAUUUGUUGAGAAUGUUAAAAAUAAUGUGAUUGGUGUUGGAAAAGUUGUGGAAAUUGGAAAGAAUCAAGAAAAUGGUGAUUCAUUUGAAAAAUCAAUGACAAAUGCAAUGAGAGGCUUGAAAAUUGGAGAAACUGAGUGUAAAGAUUGUUGCAAGAAAAUGGAAAAUGGAGAUAUUGGUGUUGAAUGUUCACAUCAUUCGAAUAUUCAAGAUACUUAUCAUCCAAAUUGUUUCAGAUGUGAAACCUGUAAACAAUUACUUGUUGAUAAUAUUUACUUUUUCUACAAAAAUAAGUGAGUUGAAAUUGGAUCGGGUGUAUAAAAUAGGACUUUUUUUUGAUGACUCAGAAGAACCAUCUCUAAAUUUUCCAGAUAUUACUGUGGUCGACACUACGCGGAUCAACUUUAUCCCAGAUGUGCUGGUUGUGAUGAAUUAAUUUUCGCCAACGAAUACACAUUCGCCGAAGAAAAAUCAUGGCAUUUCGAUCAUUUUGCUUGUUAUAAAUGUGAUUUCAAGUUAGGUGGUUCAAGAUAUAUGACACGAGAUGAGAAUCCAUUUUGUUUGGAAUGUUAUUUGAAAUACUAUGCGAAAACUUGUGGAAGUUGCCAACAAAAAAUUGGGCCCGAUGAGAAACGCUUGAAUUAUAAUGAAACACAUUGGCAUGCAGAGGAAAAAUGCUUCCAGUUCGUUUUUUUUCCAAAAAACAUUAGUUUUUUUCUCACAAAAAAUUACCAAUGAAUUUCAGCUGUGUUCAAUGCUCACAAAAUCUCAUCGGCAAAAAGUUCAUGUUCAAAAAUCACAAACUUCUGUGCUCUUCUCAAUGCAAAGCAGCUUAUAAUUCAGCAAAUCCAAAUAAUCAAGUUUGA